AUGUGCAUGGCGUCGGAGCUGUCCGCCCUCAGGUUGGAGUGUCGCGCCUUGCGGCAGGAGGCGGCUGACCGGGAGGCGGCCGAGGUCGAGUGCGCCGAGCUUGAAGAUGACAUGCUCAGUCUGAACGAUUCGCUCGCCGAAGUCACGAGUCAGAUUGUGGCUGAGGAGGCGAGGUCGGCCGAGGCGCUAGAGAUGCUGCGGGAGAAGGAGGCGGCGGCCGCCUCCUCGGCGAGGGCGCGCCGCACUCUCGAGACGUACCUGCGGCGGCAUGCGGCGCUGAGCAAGACACUGAGCAAGGCCGCCGAUCCCAACCUCAUCGCCGAGGAGGAGGAUGGGCUCGCCGACGAGCUGCAGCAGGUGGGAGAGAUGGAGCGGCGGGCGGCGCAGCUGGAGGUCGAGCUGCGAAAGCUCGAGCGGCAGGUGAGGCGGGAGGAGGCGCAGCGGGAGCGCGAGGGCGAGCGCGAGGAGCGGAGGAGGGAGCAGGCGAGCGGUAGCCAGGCGAGCUACAUCGUGCGGCUGAAGGAGCUCGAGCUAAAGACGGGGCGGGGAAAGGACGCAAGCCGCCAGCGCGCCGAGGAGCUGGGGCGAGAGUGGGCGCGGCUGGCGCGGCCGGCGCGGCACGGCUGGGUUGGCGCCGGCGCCGGCGGAGGCUCAGAGGCCAGGCUGCUUGCGGCGCGGCUAACCACCGCCGCCUGCGGCGGUGGCGGCUUCUCCGAUGCGGUGCUGGACCGGCUGCGCUACUGCGAUCGCAGGCACGCGCAGCUGCAACGGCGCGGCGACGAGCUCGCCGAGGCCGAGGCGCGGCUGAACGAGAGGCUGGAGGGCGUCAAGUCCAAGAUCCUGGCGGAGCGGGCCAAGAUGUCGAGGGCAUUUUGA